GAAAACACUGAAAACUUUUCUCGCUCUUGAAGUUGAAACUUGUGUCUGAAGGAGAAGCUCCAUAUGGAGUUCAGUGACCCAGCAAGUUCUCGGAGUGUGUUGUGUGUGUGUUCUAGGAGGAGUGUGUUGAAGGCGCGCGUGAUUUCUUACUCUUUUACUGGACGUGUAGAGCUCGUGGAGCGGGUCUGAUCCCAGCGUGAGGAGGAUGGCGAGGUUCUUCUCUCCUAAAAACCCAGAAAGUGAUUUUUGGCUUCAGAUCUGGGAUUUGGCUCCUGCUGAGGUGUCUGUGAUCCAUUAACCUGCUCGCUUCAAAGCGGGAUUUCUGUCAACAUGACCUUCUCUCCUGUGCACUAGUGCUUAAAGAUCUCUGGUUAAACUUUUCUACCUGUGGGAGACAUCUUACAAAACCGCACUUCAUGCGCGCGGAGGCUGAACUGGACCAGAUCAGAACCAGAAUCAAGGAAAAGUGCGCUUCUGCUUUCAUAUACUGUUACUAGUCGAUAUACAGAGCUUAUGGAGAAGAUCGGCAUGAACAGUGGAGGAGGAGGUGGUGGAGCCGUGGAGCGGGAUGUGGAGAUCCAGGGGCGGCUGGCGGAGGGCGGUGAAGACGCGGAGCCGCUGCGGGAGAACGGGAAAGCCGGAGCCGCGCAGAGCCGAACCGUGACCCGGGCUAACACCUCCAGUCCUCGGAUGCUGGUCGGUCUGGACAUGUUGUGUCUGAUUGUGGCGUCUAUCCCUUUCUUUGCGUGUGAGCUGAAGACCGUAAAGCCGUACAAGCGGGGCUUCUUCUGCGGAGACUCGAGCAUCACUUACCCUCAUCUGGAGAAGGAGGCCAUCCCAGACAGUGUCCUCAUUACCGGAGGAAUUAUCAUUACAGGCCUAACAAUCGCUUUGGCCGAGUGUUACUGCGUGCGUUCCCGCCGUGUCAGCUCCCGAGCCUUCAUAAGAAACCCCUACAUCUCCUCCCUCUACAAAGAGCUGGGCAGCUUCCUGUUCGGCUGCUGCAUCGGCCAAUCGCUGACCAACAUGGCCAAGCUGAGCGUAGGCCGACUCCGCCCCAACUUCUUAGCCGUGUGCAAGGUGACCUACGCGUCACUCAACUGCUCACAGGGAGAUUACAUGGACAACGUGAUGUGCAACUGCACCCGGAAAGAAGAGGAGGAGGCCAGGAAGUCCUUCUUCUCAGGACACGCCUCUUUCGCCAUGUACACAAUGCUUUACCUUGCCUUCUAUCUGCAGGCGAGGUUCUCAUGGCGCGGGGCACGACUGCUGCGGCCGCUGCUCCAGUUCCUGCUGGUGAUGUUAGCCGUGUACACCGGGCUCACCCGGAUCUCAGACUACCGCCACCAUCCCUCCGACGUCCUCACAGGCUUCCUGCAGGGAGGAAUAACUGCCUACUGGGUGGCAUUCUACAUCUCUUCCAUGUUUAAAACAUGUCCUGCAGAACGCUCUUCCAACAGUCUCUCCCUGGACAGCCCUAUGUCUCUGGCUAGCCGUCAGACAGAGUGCUAGCGUCCGUCCUGGGACGCGCAGACACGCAGCGCUGCCUUUGCGUGGACCGAACCCGACGACGUCCCGAUGAAGAAUCGAGAGAUGCGUUCACGUCCAUACACACAUACAUGCCUACACAAGCCGACCCACUGCCUACGAGUCCUGCAUAUGAUACAGAUAUUAUUUUCUCGUCUUUUAUUUUUUAUGUGAAACAUUGUGUAUAUUUUACUUUAAAUCUGGUAUAUAUAUAUAUAUAUAUAUAUAUAUAUAUGUGUGUGUGUGUGUGUGUGUGUGUGUGUGUGUGUGUGUGUGUGCGUGUGUGCGUGUGUGUAUUAGGGCUGUCAAUACUAACGCAUUAUUAACGCAUUAACACAAAUUAAUUUCAAGGACACUAAUUUUGUUAACGUGCGAUUAACGCAGCACGCAUUUCUGUUUGACCGAUUUAUUACAAAUAUAAAUAAAUGUAUAUAAAUGAGGCAAAAUGAUAACCUUCGACGCAACACACGUUUAUUCACGAUGUCCUUUCUUUACUCAAAUAUAUAAAAAAAAAAACUACUUCUCCGUAAAAUCAUUUAUUAACACUAAAAAAUUUGUUUUACUGACGCGCUGAGUCUCAAAUCGACCAAAAUCCGCCAUUGUGCGCACAUCCGGCGCUUAAAACCGUCCGUGUGGAAACAUAGCGAAAGUUCCGUUUGGUGUUCUGAUGAUUUAUGUCAUUUAAAACACCGUAAAUACUUUUAAACUUUUACAGAAUAUUUUGUCUUUAUACAUAUACAUAAUAAACAUACAAUUGCAUAAAGCAUCAAUAUUCGUCCAUGCGCUUGUUGAUUGGAGUAUUAAAAACGUGUAAAGUAUUAAUUUAAUGUACAUUGAGGGUGAACUCGUGGCAAUCAUUUUUUAGUCGAUUGACAGCCCUAAUAUAUAUAUAUAUAUAU